GCUCUUGUGACCUUUCAAAGAUCGGCAUCCCAUCGGCGUUUGAAGUCAUGGCGUUGAUGGCUUUUUGUCGACCACACUUUUAUUCUUCGCAUUCUCGCUUCACCUGAGAAAUUCAUUACUCCCACUCAGUCUUUUUCCCAACCUUACAGCCUUGUCCGGCCAAUCUUGACAUGGCCAUCUUAAAGGAGAAAGAUGUCCCUCCCACGGCUGUCCCAUCCGAUGCUCGCUUGAGCGGCCAAACCGAACAGAACACGGCGGGGCCCGAUGUCGAAAAGGAUGGUGUCCUGGAAAAUCAGGUCUCGCAACAGCGCACGCGAAUUGACCCGGAGAUCGAGAAGCGCGUCGUUCGCAAGAUCGACUAUCAUGUCCCUCCGCUGGUGACUUUUUUGUUUCUGCUGUCGUACCUCGAUCGAUCCAAUAUUGGAAAUGCGCGCAUCGCGGGAAUGUCUACGGAUCUGUCCUUGACAGGAGACCGAUAUGACUGGUUGUUGACCAUUUUCUACAUUUCGUACAUUGUAUUUCAAUUCCAGGGUUUCAUGUGGAAGAUAUUGAAGCCACACACUUGGGCCUGUCUGAUCACUCUCGCGUGGGGCAUCAUCGCGACCUGCCAAGCUGCGACUCAAUCAUGGAAAGGCGAAAUGGCAUGUCGAUUCCUGCUAGGUGCUGCCGAGGCCGGCUUCGGACCCAGCAUACCAUAUCUGCUUUCUUUCUUCUACUUGCGACACGAACAUGGCUUUCGAAGCGGAAUCUUCCUUGCGGCUGCGCCUCUGGCUAGCACAUUCGCUGGCGCACUGGCAUACGGCAUCACGAGCGGUCACUCCAAGUUAGCGAAUUGGAGACUGCUGUUCCUUGUCGAGGGUAUCCCGACUAUUCUUGCCGCUCCCUUGGCCUGGUUCUUUCUGCCCGACAGUCCUGACACGGCCAGGUUCUUGACCGAAGAAGAAAAAGAGGUCGCAAGGGCUCGCGUCCUCCGGCAACACGGAACCCAGGAACAAGGACAUAGUAUUAACAUCAAGGAUCUCGGACUGACCCUGCUCGAUGCCAAAGCUUGGUUUACGGCUCUGAUGUACUUUUCGUGCAACGUUUCUUACUCUUCGUUGCCGGUUUUUCUACCGACCAUCCUCAACCAGAUGGGCUUCUCGUCGAUCAAUGCCCAGGGACUUUCGGCACCUCCAUACUUUGUGUCGACCAUAGUGACGGUUUUGUCCUGCUGGAUCGCUGAUCGGACUCAGCAGCGUGGAUUGAUGAUCACUUUCCUCAGCUGCGUCGCGGGUAUUGGCUACAUCCUCCUGGCGACCUGCACAGCUGUUGCGCCGAGAUACUUCGGUACCUUCUUGGCCGCCGGGGGAGUGUUUCCUGCCAUAGCAAAUAUUUUGCCGUGGGUGGUCAACAAUCAAGGCAGUGAUAGCCGUAGAGGCAUGGGUAUCAUCUUGCUCAACUUGGUGGGUCAGUGCGGACCGCUCUUGGGCACGAGAAUCUUUCCGACGAGUCAGGCGCCGCGAUAUGUGGAAGGGCAGAGCAUCUGUGCUGCUUUCAUGUUCUUCAAUGGCUUUCUUGCCUUGAGUCUGAGGACGCUCUUGGUCUGUGAGAACAAGAAACUCGACAGAAAGUACGGCGCGGCUGGCAAGGAGAUGGCUGCACGGGCACGAGACGGUGAGGUGGAUACCAAUGCUGGAGAGGAGAACUAUGGCAGCGCGUUUAGGUAUAUCCUCUAGUCAGGGAGAUACUUGCGGACAUACCAAAGGAUAUCCAGCACAGCUUCUUACUCCUGUUAUGUCCGAGACCAG